GGCAAUGGGACUGAUGCGUGCCAGAGUCAUGUGAAUAACUGUAAAUGCAAUAACAGUAAAAUCAACGGCGACAGUGACGACGACAGUAACAGCAACAACAAUAGCAGCAACAGCAGCAAUACAGGCAUUGGCAUUUGACGCAGCAAUUUACAACAACAACAUUAUUACAAAACAACAACAAAAUUAACAUCUCUAGCGAUAACAGCAAUAACAACAAGAAAAACCGCAUUGCCAAACAGCACCACCCGCAUAAUAAAACGGCACGCAAAGUGCGCGUCGCGUCAUGUUAGCAGCAACAACAGAAACAGAAACAAAAAGAACAACAACAGCAACCAAUUAUCAAGCAACAACCAACAAGUCAAAAGUUCUAACCACAGGCCACAAACAGCAACAGCAACAAAAACGAGGACAAAACCAGCAACAACAACAACAACCACCUUCAGCAAUUCUUGCACGUCAUGGUACUAAGCACCGAAUGGUCUCAAGUGGAAGUUAUCGAUCUGAUCAACGAUGGCAAUGGUCUUGGCUUCAUACUCGUCGGUGGUCGGAGCACCGGAGUUGUCAUUAAAGCCCUCACACCCGGCGGUGUCGCUGAGCGGGACGCGCGACUUCAAUUGGGUGAUCAUUUGCUACAAAUCGGCGAGGUUAAUCUGCGGGGCUUUAGCUCGGAGCAGGUGGCCACAGUUCUUCGUCAGACCGGAGCUCAGGUGCGUCUGAUUGUGGCACGGCCCAUUGAGCCGACGGCCAUCGAUUAUCAAACGUUGGCCAGUCAUGCGCCCAUUAUACCAACUAAGCUCCUCUCCGACCCGGAAGAACUGUCGCGGCAUCUCUUUCAGAAUCCGAGCUUUGCCACAGCGGCCAUUGCCGCAGCGGCAGCAGCUGGUGGCGUUCCCAACAUCGAUAGCAUCGACGUGGCCAGCGUACUGGGGGUUGUAAGGGGUGGGCCCGAAGACGGUAUUGGCGGAAAUUUGGGUGAGGUAGUGGGCUUACCGUUUUUACCUGUUACGCCCGAUGCAGAGCUGGCCGAUCUGCCAUUGCCUCCCAUACCCGCCGAUGCGACGCAUGAUGGGGCCGCACAGAUGCGUCAGUGUGGGCGUGACUUGGAUAUUGUACCCUUUUCUAUACUAUCGCCACCUCCGGGGCCAUUGGCGACAAAUACGAAUAUGUCCGCGGUCGCCCGUAAGUCUCUGCAGCUUCCCCUUCAUCCGCUGGACGCGCAAGUACCGCGAAGACAACGUCAGGGCUGUAACUUCAAUAACGAACUUGUUGGUGACGAUGAUGACGAUGAAGACGACGACCACAUUGAGACUGUGAUAGCCGGCAUUAGUGCCGACAAACUAACCACGACCACGACCACACCCACUCCCGUGGAUGCCCAGCAACGGGAUGAUAAUGAUCUCGACUGCUGUUCGCUCACAUCGUCCAAUUAUAUGGACUCGCCCGAAACUGAAACCUACGAAGUGGAGCUUCGCAAAAACGUUUACGGCCUUGGCAUAACGGUCGCCGGUUACGUAUGCGAAGAGGAGGACCUCUCCGGUAUUUUUGUCAAGAGCAUCAUUGAGGGCAGUGCCGCUGAGAUGAGCGGUCAAAUACAGAUCAACGAUCGUAUUGUCGCUGUUGAUGGCCUCACAUUGGCCGGUGUGACCAACCAUCAGGCUGUGGAACUAUUGCGUAACACGGACAUUGAGGUCCAUUUGACCCUCGAACGGUUUCUGCGCGGUCGCAAGUUUGAGCAUCUGCAAGUGGCCUUGACUGAGUUGAAGGGCGGUGGUGAUACACAAUCACAGCUCUCCAUGCCCGCGUCACCAUCGAUAACCACGCUGUCCUGGCUGCCGCCCAAAUCGGAUGCGGACUCCAUAGCCACGGAUGGGGAUUUGGGCGGUGGCGGUCUAUUGCUAGAUUUCGGCGAGCUACCCUCCAGAGAUACUGUAGACUCCAAUAUGUCGCAUGUACUGGAUCGCAGUGAGGCGAGUGGCGGCGCUAGUGCCGGAGCGGCGACAAAACGUCAGAAAACGCCCACAACGCCGGAUGCGAAACGUUUGACCAACGGCAGUGCGGCUCAUAUUAUGGGCAAUGGCUUAAAUCAUAUAGAUAAACAGACUGUGGGCGAUGACAGUGGCAAUGACACCGAUGAGCAGUGUCAAGAGCCUGAGAUGGGCGGGCCGAUGCCUACGGAUGAGACAACGCCCACGGCGCAAAUGCCCGGAGUGGCGCUAAAGAGCGGCGUAGCAGCGACGCCGACGACGGCAGCAACAGCGGCCACGCCCAAUUCGUCGACGGCCAGCCCAAGCGCGGCCUCGUUGCGUGUGGCCUGGAAAAGUGAGUUUCCCGAAAGUGAAAUUUUAGUUGCCGAAAUAAAUAAACUUUCAGGUCUAGGGAUCAGCCUGGAGGGCACCGUCGAUGUCGAGUGCGGCAUUGAAAAGCGUCCGCAUCAUUAUAUACGCUCGAUCCUUGAAGAUGGUCCCGUCGGACGUCAAGGUAUAUUGCGGCCCGGAGAUGAGUUGCUGCAGGUGAACGAGCAUAAGCUGCAGGGCCUCAAGCAUAUCGAGGUCGUCAAGAUCUUGAAGGAGUUGCCGGCACGCGUUAAGCUCGUCUGUGCACGCGGUCCACGCGCUCCUUCCAUUAUAAAUACCUCACAGAACCCGGAGGCCUUCGAAACGCGCAGUCUGCUACCCGGCGGACAUCAAAGUCUACAGAAUCUUCUAACCAAAGCCCAAUCGGAGAGCUCAUUAUACACAUCCAGUACGGCCACCUUAACCGAUGCCCAGCGCUCGAAGUCACUUGAAAAUGUCUCCGGGCUAGCGCUCUGGAGCUGUGAUGUAACCACAGUGGAAAUUGAAAAGACAGAGCAAGGCUUUGGCUUCUCCAUACUGGACUAUCAGGAUCCAUUAGAUGCGGAGGGCAGUGUGAUUGUGAUACGUGGCCUAAUACGCGGUGGUGCUGCGGAGGCAACAAAUGAAAUCUAUCCGGGUGACCGUCUAAUCAGUGUCGGAGAGCAUAUGCUGCAGGGUCUCGAACUGGAUGAGGCUGUGUCCAUACUUAAGGCUAUGCCCCUGGGCAUAACACGACUUGGCAUUUGCCGACCACUCUCCACAUCCGAUAGCAAUAGCAAUAUAGCCUCUCCCCUGGGCGACUCGGCGAGCACAUAGUGCCUGCGGCCAAGCUGAGAUUCGUGUCUGCUGCUAAAAUUCAUGGAUAACGUGUCUCUUAUAUCAACCACUUAUAUGUGUAUGUAGAGCUAAAAACCAAGGAGAGCAGCAAGAAAAACAGCAGCAGCAGCAACAGCAAAAAUUGGCAGCAGCCGUCGACAAAAAAUAGGGACAACAAUCAUCGGAACUGAGCAUGCGACAAUUUGUAUAUAAGCGACCUAGUAUAUACACAGUAUAUACUAAAUCUCAAACACAAACAGACACACACACACAUAGGCACUCGUACUUAGUUGAAAUCAAACAAUUUAGCACUGCUGACGUGUUAUUGAUUGCUAAACAAACACAACCCGCAUAAAUAAAUAAAUAAAUAUUCAACAAACUGGUUAUGCAUUUGGAAAAGCUGCAAGCGCACAGAUUCUAAAAUAA